GUCGUUAUUAUUAAACGGAUUUAACGGUAAAUUCUCCACCAUAGGAACGUAUCUCCCGCCUCUUUCUAUUUCCUCUAGAAUCAGCUCUUGGGCAUCUCACAGAAAUCAAACCCUAACCUCUAAUUUGUCACUCCACCCUUUGCAAUGCAAUUGCACACUCUUUCCUUUACAAACCUUUGCUGGACAUAUUCGAUUUCGGUACCACUCACAACCCAUUCGACAAAAAUCCUCAAAGAACCCAACUUUCGAUCAAACGCACCAUUUCUCACUGUCCAGUCAGCGAAAUUGCUUCCUGACUUGGUCUAUGAGGGUUAUCAGAGAAAACGCGAGAAGGAAUUAUCUCGGUUUUUGAGAACAGAUGCUGCUAUAAAAAAUAUAGACAACAAAACCCACUCCCAGAAGUAUAAAAAGCUUUGGCCUAGAGCUGUUUUGGAAGCUCUUGAUGUUGCAAUAAGAGAGAAUCAAUGGAGAUAUGCUCUUAAGAUAUUUGGGCUUCUUCGUAAGCAACUGUGGUAUGAGCCAAGAUGGAAAACAUACACAAAGUUAUUGAUGAUGCUUGGCAGAUGCAAGCAAACUUGGGAGGCUCGCUUGCUUUUUAGGAGCAUGAAAUCAGAAGGCCUCCAACCCACUGUUGAAGUUUACACUGCUCUUGUAAGUGCUUAUGGAGAAAGUGGGCAAUUUGACAAGGCAUUUUCUACUGUUGAUGAGAUGAAGACAGUCUCUGACUGCAGACCAGAUGUUUAUACAUAUUCUGUCCUUAUACAAUGUUGUAUUAAACACUAUCGUUUUGAUCUGAUUGGAAGAAUUCUUGCUGAGAUGUCUUAUCUGGGAGUUGAAUGCAACACCAUUACAUUCAACAUUAUUAUCGAGGGAUAUGGGAAGGCUGAGAUGUUUGAAAAAAUGGAGAACUCAUUGACAGAUAUGGUUGAAAGUGGCAGCUCCAUUCCAGAUACUUCCACAUUGAAUUCUGUCAUUGGGGCCUAUGGUAAUAGUGGACAGAUUGAGAAGAUGGAAAAGUGGUAUUCUGAGUUUCAGCUGAUGGGAAUACACCCAGACAUCCAGACAUUUAAUAUCCUGAUGACUUCUUAUGGGAAAGCAGGCAUGCACAAGAAGAUAAAGUCUAUCUUAAAAUUUAUGGAGGAAAGGUUCUUCACUCCAACUAUUGUUACUUAUAAUAUUAUUAUUGAAGCAUUUGGAAGGGUUGGUGAUAUUGAGAAGAUGGAUGAGUACUUCGAAACAAUGAAACACCAAGGAGUGAAGCCUAAUGCUAUUACCUACUGUUCUCUUGUUCGUGCUUACAGCAAAGCUGGGCUUAUGACAAAGGUUGAUUCCAUUUUGAGACAGGUAGUGAACUCCGAUGUGGUAUUAGAUACCCCUUUCUUUAACUGCAUCAUCAGUGCCUAUGGUCUGGCUGGUGAUAUAGAAACUAUGACUGAGUUGUUUCUGGCAAUGGAGGAAAGGAAAUGCAAGCCUAAUAAUAUCACUUUUGAAACCUUGAUCAGAGCCUUUAAGGCCCAAGGAAUGACUGAAGUUGCUCAACAAUUCGAAAACAAGAUUCUUGCAGCAAAGGAAAAUUCAGGUAGGAGGCGUUAUUAUGUUUACUCAAGUAGAAGGAUGAUUGAAGCCUAGCACUUGCAUUAUCACAAUAAAGGUGAAAAUCAAACCUUCAAAUGACAACAGUUCAAAUAGCUGAGAUGAGAACUUGGAAAGCAAUUUUCAUUACUUGUGGCCACUUUUGUCGCUGGUAAGACCAGGGCGGAAGUUGCAUGAGCUGAGGUACUUUGAUCAGAGAUGCUCAAGAUGUGUUGUUACUUGAUAGAGGAAUUAUCAGCUAGGACAGGAAUUAUUCAAAUCCGAUAGAAAUGAGUCGGUUUAGCUCGGUUUUCAGUUAAAAACUGAGAAUUGUCACCACUACUUGGAUUCAUGUCUAACUUGUACCUAACCGAACAUAUUUAUGACUCAUAGGUUCGUGCAUUUGUUAAAUUGGGUUGGGUCAAAAAUCAUUAGCCCAUUGAUAUGGAUUGAAUACUUUAAAUCAACUAAUUUUUUUUUUCAACAUUA